UUUGAAGAGAAUACGCCAUAUUGAAUCCCAAUAGGAAGCAGCGUAGCUUUCUCCUCCUAUCUAGCGGCGUAUCGGGUGCACGCGUAAUUUUCGUAGUCCCCGAGACGCUUUAGGGACAUCUCUCGGGUCGGUGACUCUGGACACGGCAUCAGGACGGGCUCGCUGGAGUUCUACCCAACAAGGGGGGGGGGUUUACUGGAGAACCAAGUUGAAUGGAUCCGAGGGUGGCUUGGAUUCAGCCCGAGCAGAAAGGACCGGCGAACGCCUUAUGGAUGCACGUCUGGGAAACGUCUCAGGGAGUACGCACGUUCUCCGCUCAACACGUCCACAACCAGUGUGUCAAUUACGCGGCGCUGGACGUGUUGCAAAAUGCCAUGGUAUCGAGCAAGAGCUUGGGCAGCAGCAGCGGGCAUCAAAGCAUCAUCAAAGGCGACUCGGCUUGUGUCAAUGACGCCGCGAUAUCCUCCCUGGGCAUGGCGAUAUCCAACUUUUUCACCCCGGCCUCCGACGCGGGUGAAGGCAAAGCAGUGACCCCCAAGGCUGGGUCUUCCUCGCUGGAAUCUCGUGCGGCGGACAGUCUCCCCUCCGGCUGCACGCUGGAGAGAACCACGGCUGGGAAUAGAAACGUCGGCCUGCUUUUCGCGCUGGGUGACAGCACGGACAACAACCGGUACCACCACCACCACCAACAACUCCUCCAUCACAACCGUCACAUGUUCAAUUUGUGCGCUCAAAGUCACCAGGUGGCCCCUUCUUUGCCUGUGAAUCACUCUCACCCUCACCUCCACCAUCAUCAUCGUCAUCAUCAUCAGCACCACCACCCUGGCCGCAGGAGAAGUGACAAUAAGGCCAGCACUUACGGGGUCAAUUACUUGCUUUCAAAUUGCACUAAUGGCAACGACGCGAGCUCUUGGACGCCCUGGAGAACGAGAAAGUACAACCCGGGAGUUCUCGGACUCCACAAGGAGGUGAUGGACUUUUACAACUUCAUGUCUCCGCGGCCAGAGGAGGCGGCGAUGAGGAAGGAGGUGGUGAAACGCAUAGAGAAGAUCAUCAAGGAGCUGUGGCCCACUGCAGAUGUCCAAAUAUUUGGAAGCUUCAGCACCGGACUGUACCUUCCAACAAGUGACAUUGACUUGGUAGUGUUUGGAAAGUGGGAGCGCCCCCCGCUGAAAGAGUUGGAGCAGGCUCUCCGCAAGCACAACGUCGCCGAGCCCCUCUCCAUCAAAGUGCUGGACAAAGCGACUGUGCCAAUCAUCAAGCUUACAGACCGGGAGACCGAGGUGAAAGUGGACAUCAGCUUCAACGUGGAGACCGGCGUCAAGGCGGCGAACUUCAUUAAAGAUUAUGUUCAGAAGUAUCCGGUGCUGCCUUACCUGAUCUUUGCGCUGAAGCAGUUCUUGCUGCAAAGAGAUCUGAAUGAAGUCUUCACGGGCGGAAUUAGUUCCUACUGCCUCAUCCUGAUGGUCAUCAGCUUCUUGCAGCGUCAUCCUCGCAUCGACGCCAGGAACCCCAGAGAGAACUUGGGCGUCCUGCUGAUUGAGUUUUUCGAAUUGUACGGCCGCCAUUUUAACUACUUGAAAACAGGGAUCCGCAUUAAAAACGGAGGAGCUUACAUUGCCAAAGACAAAAUGGCGGUGACCAACGGUUACAGGCCGUCCAUGCUUUGCAUCGAAGACCCCUUGCUCCCAGGCAACGACGUGGGCCGGGGCUCGUACGGCGCCAUGAACGUCAGGCAGGUGUUUGAUUACGCCUACACGGUCCUCAGCCACGCCGUGUCUCCACUCGCCCGAUCGUAUCCCAACAAAGACUCGGAAAGCACCUUAGGAAGAAUCAUCAGGUUGACCCAGGAAGUGAUUGACUACAGGGAGUGGAUCAUCAAAAAGUGGGGCGGCAGGGUUCUGGCUCGAGCCGAUAACAGAGUGCCAACUCCCAAGGAGCCGGUGUCCGAGCAGGACCCCAGCUGCCGGCUCGGCGGCGGCAGCGGCGGCCCAGAGGAGCAGCAGAGGGACUCGGCGUCCCCCCAGAGCGCAGACUCGUCAAUGUCCACCUCCAGUCCCCAGGAGCACUCAUCCGCCUCCUCCGUCUCUUCCCUCUCCGGGUCAGACAAUGACUCCGAUUCGGCGCCACCCUGUCCAGUCCCUCCGGCCCCUCUGCCACCGUACGCGUCAUUCCCACCGCUGGGCUUAGCUUUCCCGGCGGCGUUCAGAAUGCGCGGCGCCAAAGCGGGAAUAGCCGGACCCCAUCUGCUCUUGCCGCCUCGCUCGCAGGCUCGCGCCUCGCUCCCCAGGGGUCUCGCAAUGCACUCCGUAGCCGGCAGACAGAUGCGUAUCGACACGGGACUCCCCGCCUUCUUCCACAUGCCCCUCCCAGCCCAUGUCCCCGCCCCUUCCAGUCCCCAACCUCCGCCCAGUUCCCACUCCAGCCACGCACAUAAGAAUGGUGUCAAGUUCAACGUCAAGGGCUUGCACAACCCGCCGCCGCUCAUCACCAACCCGGCGGCGGCCACCCGCGGACACCCUCACACGCACGCUCAGUACCACCGGAACACUUGGCGGCGCAGGAAGAGGGACAGCCUACCGGUUAGCCCCAGCAGAUAGAGACUGGGCACCCCUCCCUCGCUCCCCCCCUCCCCUCACGGAGACCAGCAGUUUUCACUUGAGCGGAGCGGUCGCGGCGUGAAGCAGCCUGCUGCUCUGCUUCCACUUCAGCGUGACCUUUUGUUCACCGCCUUGUAGCGUUUCAGUAUUAUGUUGCGGUCAGUAUUUCCGCCUCCAGAGCUCGUCUCGUUUCUUUUUUCAAGCGCUGCCGACGGGAGCUUCGCAAAGCUCCUUCCAGGCUCAGUGUUCUUUUUUUUUUUUUGCCGUUUUGUGCAAUAUUUGGUUUUUCUUUUCAGAACCAAAAUGCUUAUUUAAUUUGGUGCGUAUAUGUCAGAGGCAUUUUGAUACCGUUUAUUUCUUUUUUCAGAGUUUUUACAUUCUGUUUACAGAACUUUUCGGGUGAGAAGGAGCCCAGGUCAAAGACCCCCUCCACUUGUUUUACGGAGGAGCUCUUAUCUCAGUAAGCCUCACUCCCCCCCCCCCCCCCCUCUUAGACGAGGCGAGCCAGUCGAUCGCCCGAGGAAGUUCGGUCGAGUGUUGAGAAAAUAGCACCCUGCGAUCGUAUGUGGAUGAGAGGAUGUGAUUGUGCUUUGGCUUUUGCAACCUCAAAAUUGUCUAUCGUUUUAUCGUGGACUCUUCUGCUGCCAUAUUUCUUCCGUCACUGCCUUUUCUGCUUCUUUACUUUAAAACCCCCCCCCCCCCCCCAAAAAAAAAAAAAAAAGACCGGCUGUGUGAAGCCGUAAAUCAGUGCCCGGGCUAGCACUAGAAAGUUCUUGGCCAUAAGGCGCUUCCCAAAAAAAAAAAAAAAAAAAAGAAAAGCAGGGGUGUGGUCCUCCUAAUGAAAGGACCCGAGUUAAAGGGAAUUAUAUAUUGAUUCCAUUCAUAUAUUUAAUUGCCAGGUAUUUCCGCUAAUUGUUUGCAAUGCCUUUCUUUGUGUUUACUCCGUGUGUGUGUGAGGUCACAGAAAGGACAAGCGAAAAGGCCGUGACAUCACGCACGGCCGUUUUAUUUCUAUGCAAGUGGGUUACUCCGAUUAUCGUGUCACGUCUUGUGCAUUGGAGGAUUAUUGUGCCCUGCACCCCUCCCCACCUAAGGAAAACGAUUGGACUGGACAAGAGUUCUUUUUUCUAUUCUUGUGCAGUGUGUGCGUGUGUGACCUCGUUAAGUGUGUGGAUCGUCUCGGACGGUUUUUGGAGUCGAACGCGAUGCACGCAGAAUGCGACUUGCUCUCUGUCGGCGCAGCAUCAGACAAGCUUUUUACGUCACGUUAAUGACAUUCAAUGCUGUUACACUGUUUUAACUUUUUAUUUUUUAUUUUUUCCUUCUACGGAAGAAAACGCCAGGCAACUCUGACCCGUGAUUCAAAACUGCCCACUCAGCAUCAAUUUGACCCCCCCCCCCCCACCUGAUCAGCAACAUAGAAAUGAUCUCACCCAAAUUGGAAUUAUGGACUCCCCCACCACUUUUUUAAAAAAAAAAAAAUCUUUCAUGAUCCAGUUUUGCUCGAUUACAAGGCCCAUUCUUAAAACAAAGCCUCGUCUGGAAGCAGCAAUGAAAUGGCCAGUUUUUAUAUUUGAUAGGGGAAAAUAUCUAAUUAAUUGGUCGAUCAUUUUAAAAAAAGGUUAUAUCAGUUUUGUUUUUUUUAAAAGGCCAAAUAUCGGCUAGUUUGAUUCGUCGGGCCCUGGGAAUUAGAGAUGGGUAGUUUGUUGGACCGGGUCAGAGUUGCCAAACAUCUUCAUGCAGUAUGGUAUCUCACUUCUUACUUCGAAUUUAGAGUUCUGAAGUGAAACAACAAGCAAGCACCAGCAGGUUGUGCACGGAGGUACAUUGUAAUCUCUCUCCUGUUACAAAUAUGACGAGGGGUUUUAAAAGUGGGGCUGUAUUUUGGAGAAAGGUGGCAGCCAAGGAUCCCCACCCCAACCAAUUUAAAGUUCAUCCGGGCUGAUUGUUGUAAGCCAGAAACCACUCGGCCAGCUUUUGUUUCGGGGCUGUUUUUCUGGAACUUUUUAUGUGUCUUUUUCUAUUUUCUUUUUUAAAUAAACAUUUUAAAACUGCCA